AUGGCCUCGUUGUUUUUAAGAAGGUUACUGCGUGCCAUUGGUUCCUGUAAUAAAUCCUCUACACCAUUUUCUCUAUCCAAAGGUAGGGCAUUUUCUCAAUUUCCUUUGUCUGGAAAGUCGCGUUGUUUGAUGGGACUCCGUGGUUGUGCUUAUGAGGAUAACUCCAAUUCGGUGUGUUCUCCAGGAUUAGAAAAGGCAACAUUUAGUUUUUACCAAAGGUAUUCCUCUUCUGUAUUGACCCACAAUUCAAGUGAAGGCACAUUUCCGCCAAUUUGUUGUCGUCCAAGCAUGUGCUGGCUCCUGACAGGGAAAUGGGACGUGGUGAUUCCUGUUACAGAUUUUCACAAUGAAAAUAAAGGUUUCAUGGUAUUGGCUGGUGACGUUUUUGAUGUGCCAAUCAGGAAAGAUAUUAUCCAUCGUGUCGGAACCCACUCGACCAAAACUAUAAGUGAGGUUAGUGGGACCGGAAGAAGCCUUGGCGGCAGAAGGCUUAUAGUCUUUGAGGAUUUGGAGGGUCCUUCGCACAAGACAAAGAACGUAGUUAACUAUGUUCAACAUAUGGAGAACGUAAAGAAACUCCUGGUCGUAGAUGGUGGACCAAUUAAUGAAAAGUUGAAAUUGGGUACCCAGAAUUUGCAUUAUUUCAACGUGCUCCCUUCAAUUGGUCUAAAUGUUUACAGCAUUCUGCUGCACGACACACUAGUAAUGUCUCGUGAUGCA